AAAAGGAUUUUUUUGCGUCACUCUGGCAAGGAUUUUUGUUUUGUUUGUUAUCCCCUUUCACUUUCUUAUGAAUGUGUUGUAAACCUUGCACUCAUUCCCGUGAAACAACUUGGGCUCUGUCUUGAUUUCGCUAGAAGAAUUGGGACACAUUUUAGGUGAAGACUUCAUUUAAGUUUUGUAAAUGCAGCUCCUUUAUUUCUCGGGUUUAUCGAAAUUGUGUUUAACGAGGAUAAAAUCGGAGACUUAAGAUUAGGUCAAUGUCAGCUCCACCGCGUGUUCGUUCUGUGGAUUCAUCCGACCGAGAAUUCCGAUCAGUGCUUGGUCCCGUCGGUAAUAAGCCGGUGAAGAAGCCAGUGGUUGAUAAAACUAAAAACCUAACCUUUACAGCGUCUCCCACUAAGAAGAUGCCGCAAUGCUCGCCUCUGAGACGAAAUGGUAUCUCGCUUACCGCUUCUUAUUCUUCAGAUGCGUCGUCUUCGUGCGAGUCGUCGCCGUUGAGUAUGGCGUCUACUUCCAGCGGGAAGAGGGCUUUGCGCCGAAAUGGGUCAUUCUCUUCCUCCUCUUCCCUGAGAAGGAAUCUUACGGAGGAGCGAUAUGAGAAGCCUGGUGAUUGCUUCUCUGAUGGUCGCAAAAGAUGCGCUUGGAUCACUCCCAAAUCUGACCAAUGUUACAUUGCUUUCCAUGAUGAAGAAUGGGGAGUUCCUGUCCAUGAUGACAAGAAACUUUUCGAGUUAUUAAGCCUCUCUGGUACUCUUGCUGAACUAUCUUGGAAAGACAUACUUUCCAAAAGACAAUUAUUCAGGCAAGUUUUCAUGGACUUUGAUCCAAUUGCAAUAUCUGAACUAACUAAUAAAAAGAUAGCAUCCUCUGACAUUGCGACCACCACGUUACUAUCAGAACAAAAGCUACGGUCAAUCCUCGAGAAUGCUAACCAAGUUCGCAAGAUAAUAGUUGAAUUUGGAUCAUUUGACAAGUAUAUUUGGAACUUCGUUAACCAUAAACCUACUCAUAGCCAAUUUCGGUAUCCACGCCAAGUCCCUGUGAAGACUUCCAAAGCUGAACUGAUAAGUAAAGACCUUGUUCGCAGAGGCUUUCGCAGUGUCAGUCCAACUGUUAUCUACUCCUUCAUGCAAACAGCUGGUCUCACAAAUGACCAUCUUACUUGUUGCUUCAGACACCAUGAUUGCAUGACAAGGGACGAGACUGAUAAUUAAAGAAAAACCAAGAGAAUAGUUUAACAAUGCACUGCUUAGAAUAAUGGCUUGCUAUGUGCUGUGUUUACAUUUGUACAGGAAAUGUUUCUAAGCCGAAUGUAUUGGGGAUUGUAUGAAAAGGAUUACAUGUUACAUUUUCAGUAUCAGUGGAUUAUAAUCUACUC